UUUAGAUUUGAUCACAUGACUGACUGCCCUCAAGUGUCAACAAGCGCGUCUGCAGUUUCGCCUUUGUCGACUUGGUUAGGCCUUUCUCUUGGUUAAGUCUCUUAUCAAGAUUAAACACUUGACGGCGUCACUCUCGCUAAAUCUUCUUAGCCUGGCGUCAUUCCUGUGCUCGGUGCCCGUUCUGAUUGUUUGAUUUUUUGGCUGCUUGGAUCUGUCACAGUUUAUAACUUUUCAUCAUGCGUUUGGUGAUCAAUGACACAUAUGAUGAAGUCUCUGUGUGGGCAGCCAAAUAUGUGAGAAGGAAAAUCAUCGAGUUCCACCCAGGGCCCGGAAAACUGUUCACUUUGGGUCUGCCAACUGGGAGCACUCCUCUUGGGAUGUAUCGCAAGCUCAUUGAGUUCUACAAGGCUGGGAAGCUAUCUUUUAAAUAUGUGAAGACUUUCAACAUGGAUGAAUAUGUUGAGCUUGCAAGGGACCACCCCGAGAGCUAUCAUUCCUUUAUGUGGGACAAUUUCUUCAAACACAUUGACAUUGAGCCUUCUAACGCACAUAUCCUGGAUGGAAAUGCUGCUGACUUGGAAAAAGAAUGCGACAACUACGAGAAGAUGAUCAAAGAGGCAGGGGGAAUUCGUUUAUUCAUUGGAGGUAUUGGACCUGAUGGUCAUAUUGCCUUCAAUGAGCCCGGCUCUAGUCUGGUUUCACGUACCAGGGUCAAGACGCUGGCACAGGAGACAAUCCAGGCCAACGCGCGUUUCUUUGGCAACGACCUCAGCAAAGUUCCCACACAGGCCCUCACCGUCGGUGUCGGCACUGUCAUGGAUGCUGACGAGGUGAUGAUUCUGAUCACCGGAGCCCACAAAGCGUUUGCUCUCCAUAAGGCCAUCGAGGAGGGUGUGAACCACAUGUGGACGGUCUCCGCCUUCCAGCAACACCCACGCACAAUAUUCUUGUGUGAUGAGGAUGCUACAAUGGAGCUGAGAGUCCGCACAGUCAAGUACUUCAAGGGACUCAUGCAGCUCCACAACAAGCUGGUGGAAGAGCCUGCCGAAUGAGAGAUGGUUAUUGUGUGUUAGCCUCGCAAGUGUUGUUGGUGUAAGUUCUAAUGCAUUGGAGUCUUGUUGGACGGGGGAGGGGGGGGGGGGGAUGGGGGGUGGAAUUCAAAAGAAUGUUCUUCUCAUCUUCCUUUUCCUUCUCCUUUUUCUCAUUCUCCCCUUCAAUUUCUUAGUUUCCUCCUCCUCCUCCACUGUAUCUUCUUUGUCUCCCCUUUCUUUGCUCCUCUCCUAUUUCUUUUCUCUUUUUUUCCUUCUUUGUAAUCUGAGCUUAUUCCAGGUUUGGGUGCCACAGUUUUAACUGAAUUUGGCGAAACAGACACAUUGCUGAGACUUACACCAAUGAAACCUCUUUUCAUACAUCUUUAAUAAUUGUCAAACAUAAUUUUCCCUCUGAGAUGAUUUUUAAAUCGUCACAGAGUUGUAAUCACAUAGCUCUAUGUUUUCAGGGUUGCAAAGUAUCAGUAUUGUCUUUCACUUUCAGUUGUCAUUUCUGGUCAGUGAAAUGGUGCUGUUUGAUGAAUUUCCAAACUUCUGUGCAUUCUACAGAUCAGUGAUCUGUCUAAUACUUUUUUACUUGUGGUGAUGGGUCUUGAAUAUAUAUAGCUGAAUCAACUUAUGUAUUUCAUGAAGACUAACGCUAGCAUCUCUCUGAUGUGUUGCUUGUAAAGAUUCAUUAUGAAUCUGAAGUCAUUUGAAGCAAAGUGUCCAUUAACAUGGUAUUUGCUAACACUACACUGGUUUAUUACCAGUGUGGUAGUUUUAAAUAAAUGUCUUUGCUUUCUCACAAUAUGUUUUUUUGUGUGUGAUAAGUUGCCCAAAUUGAAAAUAAAAUGUGACAUCUUUUUAUUGAAAGUAAGGUGCUUGUUUUGCAUAAUUUGGUUGUAGGAACCCAUGUCUUGUAUAACAUUAACGUUUUUCUCUCUGUAUCUACCUGUAGAUUUACGUCAAGUAUUCCUCAAUUCCAAAAAAUGUAUAUUUUUGGUGCUCAAAGCUGUAUGUGUACAUGUAUUUUUUGUUUAUUCUGCAGAAUUCCACUUAAAUAUUGCUUUAAAAAGUUCACCCAAUGGGUUUGCCAGUCACUGCAUUUUUAUGUACAAAGAGAAGGGUCUUCCCUGUCUGUCAAGUCUGAACACUUUGUAUAAGGGUCAGUCUGAUAGCCACAAGCUGGGCACCACGGUAUUGGAGGCAUUCAUUAUGUAUUGGACCCUUGUUUCUUGCAUUUUGUCCUAAGUUUUUUUGGUUUUUUUGUUGGUACGCUUGGUUUCUCUAUUCAAAUACAUUUUCUUUUCAAGUUUUCAAGAUUAAAAUCAUUCACUGUGGUGGUGAAACUAAUGUACUAAUAUUUCUUUUUUUCUCUCUUUAAAUCCAGUACUUUCUCUGGUAACUAUUCUGAGGACCUUUUUUGCCCCAAUUCUCAAUUUGCUUUGCAUAAAUGUUUUAUGGCAGUCCCAGCCAUUUCAUUGGCAAGUUUGUCAGCAUGUAAAUUAAUUUUAUUUGUGAUAUGCAGUUGAUUUUUAUUUAAUUAUUUUUUUAUUUUUUUACAUUUCUUAUACAUUUGAAAUAUUGGGAUGACAAGGGAUCUUGGAAGAUCAAAGAGGUGUCUUUUGCACAUAUUUCUUUCUUUUAAAAAAAACUUUCACAUGAGUCUCUAGCAAACCUUACUAGUCUUUUUUUGAGAAUUCCUGAGCCAAAAAGCUUCAAUGUCUUUGUUUGAGAUGUUGAAGAAAUUAUAUGAGUGAAUCUGUAAGAUGAGAACUGUUACUUAUUUUACGGAAGUGUGUUAUAUUUGAAGAAAGGUGUAAGUCAGGUUUUUGAAAAUAGAAGCUGUCACUCUUUCUCUGUGUCAUUAUUUCUUUACUUGCUAUCCAGGUAUUUGAACUUGCACUAUUAAAAGUUUCCCUUUGAUGAGAUACUUAGUUCCAUAUCAUUGCAUGCAUUUAGAAUAGUUUUAUCUAUUGUUGGCCUUUUUAGCUCAUUCGUGACAACAGUAACUACGUGAAAUAGGACAGAGCGUUGCUACUUUCUCGUAUUGUCUCUUUGAUCUUGUAACACUAAAAGAUGAAGUCUGUGACCAUUGACUUCAGCAAUAAGAUCUGAGGUACUCUCUACAUUUUUCAAUCUUUAUAUAUAUAAAAUUCUUUUCUUUACAAUUAAAUGAAAAAAAAAAAUUUUUGAUAGUGCAGUAAAAUAAUUUAGCAUCAUUCAGCUGUCAUGAAAAUGGAAGAUCAGUGAGCAAAACAAUGAUUAAUAUUGAAAAUUUAAAAAAUGAAAACAAUUUUUUUUACGUGCCCUUUGAAGUGGUUUUUAGCUCAGGUUGUGCAUACUUCUAAAUGAUCUGGUUGGACUUUUUUCCAAUGAUUGAUUUUUUCUCAUUCCCUCUGACUCUGAUGAAGAAUGUUCGGUCAUUGCUGUUUCUGGAAAAGAAAAUAUUUGGCAUUCUGUUGCAUCUUCUGUUCUUUUCCUGCUACCAUUGGUGACAUCAUGCAUUUAUGACUCACAUGUGAACAAAGCGAUUGUGAGAGACUUGGAAUUCACAAUGAGAAGGGUUUUAACAUAAGGAUACGUACAUACUAGUCUUAAAAGAUUGAACAUUUUUGUCAUAUCCUCAAGGUGAAUUUCAUGGAUCAUGACCACCCAGGCUUUCUCGAAAUUUGAAAAAACAACAAAAACACAUUGCUUUGCUUUCUUCUUUGUGUGAAUCUGCAUUGUGCAGUAUUUGCAAAAUUUUUCUGCAUGUAUUUCUCAUGCUGUGACAAUGGAGACAAAUUCCAAAAGAGCUUUAAUUGUUGUGCUUUACUGAACUGACUCGGUCGUAUGUUGGUUUGGUGCAUUCAGGUUUAUAUUUUAUUCCCAACAAAGAAUUACUGUUUACGCAUAAUGUUACAUAAUUAUUUGUAAUUUUGAAUAAAGGUUCUUUAAAUUUC